UGAAUAGACCAGCUCGGAGUUACUUCGUGGACAAUUUUGGUCGAAUGACCUUUCAUUUCUUUCAUUAUGAUAGGCAGAAUUCAAAGCAAGAUAUUACUUAAGCAUGCCUUACAAGUCAUAGCAGGAUGAAGAAAUUGAAUAGACCUGGGGCCCGUAACACAAAACUUAGCAAUGAUCGUAGAACAUUUUUCUACGAUUGAUUCCAUUGACUACAGUGUACAAUCAAUCAUGACAAUCAAGCGUACGAUUAAUUGCUAACCUUUGUGUUACGGGACCCAGGUGUCUAGAAUAGCAAAUAAAUGAACACUCAAUAAAGGUAUUUGUUGCAUUUUUACCUUGAAGGCAUAUAUCUUAUCAUGUUGUACGAUAUACUUGGCAAACUGUGAAAUACCAGUCGUUCGUGGACGCAUUUUUGUUUUUGUGGAUGUAAAUGAAAAACACAAUUCAAAAGAAUAUAUGAAUAAUCAAGACAUCAAAGUUGGUGCUUAUCUCAUGAAAUUUUAAACCACCAUGUCACUUUAGUACACAUUCGUCGGAUCUUGCACAGAAUCUUCUGAUCAUGCGCAGAGUAGAACUACGAACUGGCUUAACCAUACACCAACCAGAGGAUAAGAAUACCUGACUGAUGUGCAAGGUACACAACGUUUGCUUUUAUCGACGGGGCAAUACAGUAGACUCAAAAUAUAAAUUUAUCGGAUAUUACACCUUUUAAUUAAUGAGUUGACGUCGAUCCUCGGACAUCAUUGUAAAAGCAAAAAACCGAACACACGACACUGCACACCUCCAAGUCAGCCCGAAAGACCCCAAAGACCCAGUACACAUUCGUCGGAUCUUGCACAGAAUCUUCUGAUCAUGCGCAGAGUAGAACUACGAACUGGCUUAACCAUACACCAACCAGAGGAUAAGAAUACCUGACUGAUGUGCAAGGUACACAACGUUUGCUUUUAUCGACGGGGCAAUACAGUAGACUCAAAAUAUAAAUUUAUCGGAUAUUACACCUUUUAAUUAAUGAGUUGACGUCGAUCCUCGGACAUCAUUGUAAAAGCAAAUUAAGUCACGCGAAUUCUAUAUCACACCAGAAACCGAACACACGACACUGCACACCUCCAAGUCAGCCCGAAAGACCCCAAAGACCCAGAAUCUUCUGAUCAUGCACAGAGUAGAACUACGAACUGGCUUAACCAUACACCAACCAGAGGAUAAGAAUACCUGACUGAUGUGCAAGGUACACAACGUUUGCUUUUAUCGACGGGGCAAUACAGUAGACUCAAAAUAUAAAUUUAUCGGAUAUUACACCUUUUAAUUAAUGAGUUGACGUCGAUCCUCGGACAUCAUUGUAAAAGCAAAAAUCAUCCACAACUGCAGCUUUCAAACUUUAAUCAAGGAUGGGGGAACUAACGAGAGCUUACAUCUACCGCUUGGCUAUACUUUUCUUCUGCUUCAUCGGUGCAGCCUUGAACUUCGCCUCGAUGUUCGCAAUGCUGUGUAUCACAGAAUUAAGAAAAGGGCGUCAUGUCUUCAUUUUCAACUUGGCUCUUGCCGAUUGUGUUUCGGCCAUCGCGAUGUUCAUCGCCAACAUUGUCGACUUUCCAGAGGUUCCAUUUAAGAAAGAAAACCUCUCCGCGUGGUUGGAAUGUCUGUUCACUUUCAGUUUGGUCAUAUCAUUACUAAGUACACUUGCCAUUGCUCUUGAACGCCUCAUGAUCUUUCGCGUUGACAACUACUCUCGUCAAACCUAUACAGCAAGACACUCCAUUGCUAUCUGCGUGAUCGGUUGGAUUGUAUUCGCGUUGUUAUUUUUUCUCCUUCAAGCAUUCCACGAGAUCGCGUCACUCACGCUCCUUUAUUGCGUAUCUCCUAGUGUCAUAUUGGGGUGCAUAAUCCUCACGGCUCUAUCCUACACCCUCAUCUACAAGCAAAUCGUCAAUAUCUCUAACAACGUCAGACCCGAAGACGCAGCCCUUGUACGCCGCGCAAAAAGCAGCAAGUACGUCAUCGUGACCUUCGCUCUGGUUGUCGCAAGCACGACAGCUUGUUGGGUCAUCAUGUGCAGCGUGCUGUUGGUGGAGUAUAUCGCAAACUUACAUGGCGCCGUCGAUCCGGACACUGUGGAUUCUGUUUGGUUCGGUGUCAUAGGCGAUUUAGGCAAUGUGUUGGUGUGUAUCAAUAUAAUUCUCAACCCAACCAUUAUCUGGUUGCGUCUACCUGUGUUCAGAAGACAACUUCCCGCUUGCUGUAAUAGACUCGGGUGUCGAAAUACGGAUGAAUCCCAGGACUCAGCUGCCCUCGUAUCAUCAGAAUCUCCGACCGCCGUCAUGCAGCCCUCGAUCUCGUUCAUGAGCACUGUCAUGCCGGAUAUGACAUCAGCUCCUGAAGAAGAUCAGAUAGCGUGAAAUAUCGUUCGAAACCUAUUUCAGAGAAAAUCGACUUCUAUAAAGUUUACGGUAAUUUGGACAUUUUCCUCCCAAGCCAUAAAAGAUAUUUAUUGCUAGAAAAAUACAUGGCAGGAAAGGCCAAGACAAGUUCUAACAUUGAUAAUUUAUUUUUUACACAAACAACUAGAUUACGAGAAUAUAUCGUAAAUGAGUCCCAUUCGGUUUGAGCGGUUUAGAUUUUACAAAAAUCCCACAGGGAAACAACACGAUGUCCAGCGAUUUCAAUGCGCGCGAUCUGUCAAAACGUCGUAUCGCAUUUUCACGUGCAAAGCUUUAUUACUUAAUGCGGAUAUUAAAAUUUUAUCCAAAGUCUUUGCUACUAGAUUAUGCAAAGCUUUAUCUAUACACAACAAAAAAAGUAAGUCCCCCCUAAAUCAAAUUGCUGUAACUUUUGAACGGAAUUAUUUUGAGAUAUGAUAUUUCGUAGGUGGUUUUCUACACUCGUUAAGCAACCUCUGGGGAAAAAUGAGAUUGAUCGGGUGAGUCAUGCAUGAGUAAUUAAAGAUUGAAUUAAAAAUGACCAUUUUUGAAAGUCACAAGAGUCGUUUUUCAGAUUGUGCAAAUACAAAGCUGGGCAAAAGUUGCUUUUAGGUGAAUUUUAUGGUGUUAAUGCUGUUUUACUAUCCAUCAUUUAGCCACUCCAUACACAAUUUUGAUAUCGUAUGUUCAUGGUUGAGUGAGCACAAUAAUGCAGGGGCCGCGGGGGGGGGGGGGGCUCAGCCCCCCCCUUUUUCCAAAAGCAUGUACAAAAAUGUAAAAAUGACCAUACGAUUGUGAUUUUUUGCAUGGUCAGCCCCCCCCCCCCCACUUUGAAAACCGUUCCGCGGCCCCUGUAUAGUGACGUAUCAUCAAAGGGGUUUAUGGUAGUAUCCUCUACAACUUGUUAGAUCAUGUUAAAAUUUGAAAAUGUUGGUGGCUCCCCCGAUUAUAGGCCCCUCCCCCAUUUUAAAAUUCUGGAUCCACCACUGAUUUGUCCAUAAAUUAAACUGAUCAUGAGAAUUUGUAAGAAAAAAUACAUUUAUGCAGUAUAAAGAGUAUUCAUUCCUAAGUUUUCGAAUGUGCUCGCUCAACCAUGAAAAUUUUAAAACUUCGGAAAGUGUGUGGUGAUAGAAAUGAUGGAUGAUAAAAACAACAGCAAUUAAAGUCACAUUUGAAACCGAAUUUGCCCCCAAUAUUCACUUUAUUACCAUUUAAAAUGGGUCUGUGACAUUGAAAAUACCCAAUUUCCCACUUUGAUGUGUGCUCACUCAUCCAUAAAUAAAAAAAUCGAUUUCAUUUUUGCACAGAAUUCUGCCCAUAGGUUGAUAAACAUUACUGCCAAAUGACAUUGCUAAAGACAGCCUUGAAAAAAAGUUCCACCACAUUGAAUAGGGGGUUACUUAUUCUUAAACAUAUGCACCCAUAAUGUACACAAGUCUAUGAGAGAGGAAGUCAACAUUUUAACAAAUAUGAAAUGAGGGUUUGUUUCAUGGACGGUUUUUGUUACUUCUGCCAACAGUUAUUUCACGAAACUUCACACAUUGCUUCAGUGUAACACUAUCCAAAAUGUGCGCACACCAAAAUAACCAUUUGAUACGGCACAGAGUGGGGCCAGGGCCUUGAACUUUCUUCUCAUUUGCAUAAUUUUCGAAUAUUGUGUGCUCACUGAUGCAUUAAACAUCGGGAUUUUCAUAAAAAUCAAAUCAAAUGAACCAUGCAAGGAGGUUUGUGACAGAUAUCCAUAGUUACAAAUUGCAUUUUUUCCAAUAACGUAAAAAAGAGCUAAUCACAUUCCACAUGUUCAUUCAAGCGUGAAUGUUUAAUUAAACGCCUUUGAAUCAUUGAAGCAUGUUAAUUGGUCAUGAACAUAACGAAAAAGUUGAGAAAAGAUCAUUUUCAGUUACCAAAAUGAAACAAUACUUGCCUAUGAUAUUUGAAAAUCGUAUCUUUUGUUUUCAAUAAAUGUUCAUUGAACCGUGAAACAAUGAAUAUUGUUAAAUAUACUCUUCCCAAAAAUAACUGUCAUCAUAUUCUAUCAUUUUUAUUGAUAGAAAUGUGUACAAAAUCCAAUUAUAGCAAAUUUUGACUUGUGUUCAUUCAACCGUGAAAUUUUGCCAGAAAAGUUGUAUUGUCUUUUAGAAAGUACCUUUUACAAGCCUUCUGACUAUUUUUCAUGAUGAGAAUGUGGAAUUAGUUCCAAUAAAAAUGGAAUCAAAGUCAUGAUAUUUGGCUUGUGACUUUUGAAAAGUGACAUUUUUGCCUUCUGACCGUGCUCACUGAAGCGUGACGUAAAAUACGUCCAUAACAUUUACUCAGAGGGUAGCCUAUAAAAUUACCUACACGCUCAUGUAAAAAUAUAUUAAAAACUCGCAUUGGUUCGGAAAUUAUUGAUGUUUGUUUAAGGGGGGACUUUUUUUGUUGUGUAUAGAUUGAUUCCAGACAGGCCUUAUGAAAGACAGAUUACAUCGAGUCGAACUAUUAUAGAUACUAUGUUGUACACAAAAGAAAAAAGAUAUCCUAGUUCUGCUUUUAUUUUAGAUUAUCAAAAAGCCUUCCACUCUUUAGAAUGGAAUUUCAUUUUUUUCUACACUUGGUAAAUUUGGGUUUAGCCAGAUUUUUAUAAAGUACAUUCGGUCUUUUUUAUACAAAUAACUGUAGUUGCAUAUGUAUAGUAAUGACCAUUCAUCAGGAUAUUUUUAUUUCAAGAGAGGUGUUAGACAGGGAGACCCUCUGUCCCCGUAUUUAUUCAUACUUUGUAUUGAAUAUUUUGUUUGUGAGAUAAGGCAAAGGAUGACUAAAGGUAUACUUAUAAAUGAUAUGAUUAAACUGGCCCAAUAUGCCGAUGAAACGACAAUGAUUUUAGCUGACAAAGUCUGCAAGGAUUGCUUUCUUAGUUAUUGAUAAAUUAUCCUCUUUUUGUGGUUUGAAAAUAAACAAAUUUAAGUGUAGAACUAUGUGUUUAGGCUUGUGUAGAGAGUCUCAUGAUAAUAAUUUUGAUAUCGAGUGGCCCGAUAACCCAAUCAAGGGUCUUGGAUUUUUUCUCUUAUGAUAUUUAGUUAGCUUUAAAGCUUCACUUUGAUGUAUCAAGGAGUUUAAGGUAAUGCCAUAUAUCUGGCAAAUCGUAAUCUUACAAUGAUAGGAAAGAUACAAAUUUAGAUUUUUUUUGUUGCAAAAUUCAUAUUUUGCGCCUCAGUUUUGUCUGUCCCUGAACAUGUGGUGAAAGAAGUCGAUAAAAUCAUACACACCUUUUUAAUUAAGGAAUGGAAAAAAGAACUAUAUAAAGAAGUUUACACUGAUUGUUCCUUAUUCUAAACGGGGACUGAAUAUGAUUGUUAUUCGUUCAAUGUUUAAAGCACUUAUAAUAAAAUAGUAAGAUUUUUUGAUGGAGGACAUUCUUCAUGAAAAAUAUUUUUUUAUCAUUUUACAAGAAAAUAUGUGGAAAAUGUUUACUCUAUUUCAAUUUUGAUAAAAAAGAUUGUUUAAAACUAAGAUUUGUGCCCUCUUUCUGUAAAGAGGUUUUAUAUGCUUAUUUUGAGAUCUGGGUCACCAUGAUGCAUUUUUAUCAUGAAAGCUUUAUUUGGAAUAAUAGGCAAAUAAAAAUAGCUGGUGUGAGUUGUUUUGUCAGGGAAUUGCUAGAUAUUGGAAUUUUGGUUUGCUCAAGUUUUUUUUUUGAUGAAAAUGAUCAACUAAAUCCUUUUUUAAAAGUGGCAACAUAUUAACUUUAAAAACUUUUUAUUUGUUUCUGGUAUUCCACAGAGAGUUAAAGUUCACUGUGUCGAGAGGCGACAUUUGUUAAAAAAAGUUACACAUUUUUAUAUUUUAUGGUAAUGAAAAGAAUGUAUCGAAUUUGUCAACCAAGAUCAUAAAUAUGACAUUAAAUGAAAAUAAAUAUCAAACCCCUACUUGUCAAAUAUAUUGAAGAUCAAGGUAUGAUAUAAAUGAAGAUGAUUUCAAUUUUAUUUAUGAAUAGCCUUUUAAAGUUAUUCCAGGCACAAGAACACGAAUAUUCCAAUAUAAAAUAAUUACAAGAUGUCUACUAGUAAAUGCAAAGUUAAAGAAAAUGAAAGUCAUAGACAAUGAGUUCUUUUUGUAAACAAUUGAACACCUGUUUGUAGAAUGCUUGCAUACCGGCGAUUUUUGAACGAUUUUUUUAAGAUAGUGGCAUACUUAUUUUAAGAAAGAAAUUAUCCAAGUAAAGGAUGAAGAGAUUUUAUUUGGAAUUAAAAACAAGCAACAUGUCUUAUUGAAUCAUUGUAUUAUUGUAGCAAAGAAAUGUUGAUAUCUAUUUAGACAUAUUAAUUUCCUGCCAUGUUUCAAGACUUGUUUAUCUGUAAAUUAAAACAAGUAUACCAAACAGAAAAAAUGUAUUGCUUAUAGGGACACCACUAUAUAUGCAAAGAUUUGUUUAAAAAUUUGGGGUAAUUUAAACAAACCAAUCUGUAUUGCUUUUUUAAGUUUCUUUUUCUUUUUUUUUUCUUUUGUGGGUCUUUAUAUAUAUUUUUUUAUAAAUGUAACUUAUCCAUACUGUACACUCUUAUUCUAUAUUGAUAAUAUACUUGAUUAUAUGUUACUCUGACAACUCUGUAUAUAUGUAUGAGAUGGUUAUACUAAAUAAAAAUGCAUUGCAAAAACUCCGGUGUUGAUUUAACACCAGCCCGGAAUCUAUAUAUGUCCACACCAGAGAAGUGUUAAACAACACCAGAUUGGUUUUGGUCUAACACCAGAUAUGUGUUUAUACAACACCAAUUAGUAUUAAAACAGCAUCGGUUUGAUUCCAAACUGGUGUUACUUCAAUACUUCACUGGUGUGGAUAGAUAUAGAUUCUGGGCUGGUGUUCAAUCAACACCGGAGUUUUUGCAGUGUGUUUAAAAUUAUUAUUCAUACAUUGUACGCGCUAUGGUACUUUCUGUUUUAAGCGCCACUAAAUAUCCAUUAUUAUUAUUGUUUAAAAAAUCAAAGUCUAUGAAAGGUCUAUUUUAUUAUUUGGUUUAGAGAAUUCUGUUGGUUAUUAAUAGUGGAUGCAUUUUACAGGUUUAAAUAUAACUUUCAAAGAUACUGUUA